CUAUUGGAUGCGCAAUUCGUUGAUGCGCCCUCUAGCGGUAAACCACUUAGAAAGAACUUGGUGUAACAUCAUCCUACUUCUUUUUUGUUAAUGGAAAAAGUGCAGUAGUUUUUAUUGUCGUCCGACUGAAAAGUUAUCAGUGGAUUAAAGAUUUUUCAGGAUGUCAGAACAAGAUAUACCAAGGUUUAGGAGUGCUGUGGCAGCAGCUAUAGCGCAGGGAUUGGACACGAGUGAAGCAGUGACAGAUUUAUUGUAUGCUAAUGUACCUCUAAAUGAAAAGUUCAAGCUCAUUGACUUUUGUGACCUGGUCAGGAACAAUGCACAGUCGGCAGUCAGUCUCAAGAAGCUGAUACAAGCGAUGAGCAUUCUGGAGAAAUAUGCUCGACACUUGAUGAAACCAGCAGAAAAUCGGUCCAACAUGUGGCGACAUAUAAAGUACAGCAAUAAUAUAUUUCGGGAGAGGGUGGAUGCUAUUCAGGGAGGAAAGUAUAUCAUGUACUUGAUGGGGUACACAGAGAACAGACCAGAUGGAGUGGCAUUUCCUGAUGGUGUCGAGCCAAACCGAGAUCGUAUCCUUAACCUGCUUACGGACCUUGUACAGGGACGGAAGGAGCUGGAAAUAUUCCUUGAGGGACAGCAUCCAAAACCUGGGGAAAUUGAACAGUUCUUAAACCCACAGCUCAGAGCAAGUUUAGAGGGUGACAUAGUACCAUCUGAAAAUGUGAAAACUGGUUCCCAGCCAGGAAUGCAAGGUUUGGUUGGUUCCCAGCAAGGAAUGCAAGGUUUGGUUCCUGACAUGUCAUAUGUGCAAAAUCAGCUGAAUCCAAGUCUUCCUGCCACCUCAAUGCAGUCAGCCACCAACCAGUUGUCACAACAGUUCCCACAGCAAACAAAUCCUAUCAGCAUGGGAGCUAGGCAGAAAACCACUGGGUCAAACAUGGGUCAGAUACCGCAGUAUGCUGAACCCAACCUACCUGCUGUUAGGUCAGAAGUAAAGCAGCCAUAUACAAACACCAGUCAGCUACCACAGAGAAUGCCUGACUAUGCACAAGAUACCUAUAUGCAAAAUUUUCACGCUGAACAACAAGGUCAAGGUCAUAUGACUAGGUCUGACUUGCAAGGUCAAGGUUAUGUUGGUACUAAUAUACAAGGUCAUCAGCAGCUUGCUAGGACAGACUUUCAAGGUCAAGGUCAACUUGGUGAUGCAUACAUUCAAGGUCAAGGUCAGCUUGAUGGUAGAAAUGUUCAAGAUCAGGAGCAAUUUGCUGAGACAUAUAGACAAGGUCAGAGUCAGUUGAGUGUUACAAACCUGCAAGGUCAAGGUCAGCUUGCUAAUAGAAACAUUCCAGGUGAAGGUCAGACAAACCAGUACUACCAAGAUAUGCAGCAGAGACAGAAAGAGGAGCAGCAAAGGAUGCAAGAAGUUGAAAUACCAAAAGAAAAGUAUGAAGUUGAGACCAAGACACCUAGUAUCGCAUGUGACAUAUGCGGGGACAACCAUGCAGUGGUUAUAUGUAAAGUGUGUGAUAACAAACAACUGUGUAAGGGCUGUGACAUAAAGUGGCAUAAUCAUCCAAAACGCCAGAAUCACAAGCUAGAAUAUUUACAUCCGGCUUUAGAUAACAGUAGGCAGAUGUCACACAUACCAGAUCUGGGUAAACAAACUGCUGACCCCAGGAUACAAGGUGUAACUGGAGGUGUUCCUGUACCUAUGUACACAAUGCAGCAGGAACAAGCCAGGCAGGCUCAGCCAGGAUACAGCAUGCAGAACCCACCACAAGAACCAGUCCGGCAGGCUCAGCCAGGAUACAGUUUGCAGAGCCCAGUCCAGAGGCAGCAGAUGAAUCAGUCACCAGUGGAACAGCGCUCACCAAACAGGGAUGUACUUCAAACUCAAUAUAACAUGAAAACUGAUCAGUACAACACACUGGGUCAGAGUUCAAAUGUUGCUUUACCCAGCCCUGCCAACUCAGAACAUCUCAAUUCACAUGUGCCAGGAACCAUGCCAGGCAGCUUUAUGUAUACACAACCUAGUAUGAUGGGCCAUAUGCCAGGAACCAUGCACUACCCUGUGUCCAGUGGCAUUUAUCAACAUGGUCAACACGUUCCAUAUGCAAUGACACCACAGAUGAUUCAAGGUCAUGUUGCACAGUAUCCUGUUGGGUAUAUGUCCAAUGUUUACAUGCAGCAACAACCCCAGCAGAUGUCAAUGCAGGGGUAUUUGACUCCUGUUGCUUCAGCAGGUCCAGAUAUCCAAAGGGCAGAAAAUACAAGGUCAGCCACACUACCAAGGUCAUCAAGUUCACAGGCAAUGUCUGCUGCUCCAGUUUUGGUUCAAAAUGUCCGACAUUCUAUAUCAUCUCCCAAAGUAUCCGAGCCAUCAGAAACAUCAAAUGUGAGCCUGAACAGUACCAGCUCAACAAGUUCUGGGUCUGAGCUUCUGCCAGGUAUAAAAGCCAUCAAUAACAUUGAGCGACGACAUUCAAAACUUGAAAUUAGCAUAAUGACCUUAAAAGAUGACCUUAAAGAAUGGGAAGAGAAAAUUAAUGCAAUUAUCCUUCAGAAUCCGAAUUUCUUCCAAGACGAGGAGUACAAAAACUUAAACAGGAAGAAGAGAAAGCAUUUGCAGGAAAUCAAUGAGCUUCAGAAAUACCAGGCAGAGCUGGAGCAACUGGUCGCAGAAAAGCUUCGUAAAGAAGUAAGAGAGGAAAAGGAGAAAAGAGAGAAUGAAGUUGAGACACUGAAACGAAGAUUUAAUCAGAUCAAAACGGGUAACAAUAAUCAACCGGCUGGCUCUGCUUCUGAUAUGUACAUAACACCUGUUUCAGUGGAACAGAUGGUUCCAGUUACCACCGCCUCUGGACCGAUUAAUUCAACUGGCUUAGUACCAGCUGGUCCUGUGACAACAACUUAUCGCCCACAGCAACUUCAGAAAAAUGCACAGUCCCCAGCUGAACAGAAAUAUGCAGAUGAGAAUUGUCCUCCAUUAAAAUUGAAUAGCUUUGGAGAUGAAUUACCUGAAGAAAUUAAGAAAAUGCUUGUCCUUGACCAGAAUCCACAUGCUCCAAGGCCUCAAGUGCCGGAUGAUAACCUUGGAAUGGCAAACCAAGCCUCUGCAGCCCAAAAUGUUUUACUUCCACCGAAAGUAGCAAAUGACCAAAAUGCAAGCAAGGAAGCCUUCUAUGAAAACAUGAUGGGUUUUAAAAAAGGAAACUCAGAACCUGACCUCCAGCAGGGUGUGGUAGCUCAAAACAGAUCAAAGAUCAAGAAAAGUCAGUCUUCUGAUGAUCUUCCUAUGUGGCAAUGUGAACAUUGCACAUUCUUAAAUGAUUUUGAUACCAAAGCAUGCACCAUGUGCUUUAAAACAUCUGAUAACCCAAAACGAAUUGACCCAAAUAUGCCAACAGUAAGUGAAGAAUAUCCAGGAGGAGAUAAUGUGACAGAAAUUUGCGAAUAUUGUACUGUUUUCAUGGAACCGGGAACAAAAAUUUGCGGUGUUUGUGGAAAAACUCAGACAAAAUACCAAAUUGCAGAUCAAAAGGCUGACACAUAUUAUGAAGCUGGAAACAAAAAUACAGGUCUAGAAGCUGGAAACCAAUCUGGUAACAGAACAUCAAAUGCUGGGAACCAGUCAGCUGGCAGGAAGCCAAGUUCUGGAGACCAGUCCCCUGGCAGGAAGCCAAGUGCGGAAAACCAGUCUGUAAGAGAUGCGACAGAAGACAGUGCUAAUGCUGUUGCAGCAUCUACAGUUGGAAAAUUGAUAGAAGAAGAACAGGACCAGGUUUUUCUUGAAAAGAAAGCUGCUCGUGAGAGGUUUGAAAAAAUGAACAAGUCUCCCGGAGGUAUUGUACCCGCAGCCACAGGUGCAGGGAUGCAGGAAGGGGCAGCAGGAGCGCAUGCGGGUAAUAUUAUAGGCGUACCUAAGGGAACGAAAUAUGAUAUAGAACCUUUGAAACAGGAAGUUAUUCAAGAAUGGAUCAUUGUUGACAAAACUUCUCCAAAAGAACCUGAGCAGGGGAACCCACAACUGGCUGAGAAGAACCUAAAUCCCCCCAACAUGAGUCAUUUAAUGCCUUUGGUUCCACCUUGCCAAGCAGGAGACAUUGCAAAGUUGAGAAAACACUCAGGACAGUCCAGUGGAAGUUCCAGCUCCUAUAACUCUGCGGCAAGCAGCCUGGAGGAAAAUGCUGAAACAAAGGCUAAGGCCAAUAAUCAGGCCGCAGCAUCGGGCAAGGGAACAAAAGCCCCUCAGUUAAACUUUGUGGAGGCAAUAGAACAGAUAAACUUGAAGAGGGAACAAGAGCAGAUGAGUCUAGAUGGCCACGAGAUCAUGACAAUUCUAAAGGAGGGAGAGAGAUCAGGGUACGAGGUCCUGGAGGUUCAGAUUGCCUUAAAACACAGUAUAGAGAACAAGCUGCGACCGUUGGAUUGGCUGAAAACAAAAUGGCCUGAACUGAUUGAUAUUGUUACUACCAUGGCAACGGAGAAAGGAAAAACUGCAGACCAAAAUGAUGUGGGGGAUGUAUCAUCGCAGGAAGCAAAGCAGGCCCUUAUCAAAAGUGAUGGUGAUAUUGACAAAGCUACACAGAUGUGUGUUGAAGAAAGAAUAGCAAAGUAUGCCGAGAUUAAUGCACAUGGCCAGUACGCACGUGAAGACAUUCUCACAGCCCUAUAUCAGAACCAGGGUGACAUAGAGGAGGCAGUGGACCAGCUCAAUCAUUCUGUUGUGCAGUCUUAUGCUGAUAGGCUAUGGGAUAACAAUCCAAAUAGAGGUGGUGACGCAGCAAUAGCGGCUGCUGCUAGGUCUAGGGAACUGACCAACAGUGUGUCAAACAGCGUAAUCAACCAUACAGACUUCCAGAGGCUUGUCAGUGACACAACUAUAAAUAAAGAGAGAAGAGUGAGAAUGGUGUUUGUAGAGGGGAAGUUGAAAAGCUGGGGCCGAGCAGAAAUGGUCGUGACAAUAUUAGACAAGGAGGUAACACUAAGUGAACAUCCUCUUGAGUGUACGCUGGAAGACAUUAUAGAGGCAGUGAGAAACUGUGGUGACAGGAAAAGUUCUCUCGUAUAUCUCACACAGGAGUGUGGGAUCUGUUUUUCCAACUUCCCUAUGUCAAAAAUUCGUGAUCUUGGUGCCUGUAGUUGUAAGCUGUGUCAGUCAUGUGUGAAGCAGUAUUUCGAGGUGGCAAUAAGGGAAAAAUAUGUUAGAAACUGGUGCUGCCCUCUGUGUGAGGCCCCAGGUCUUGAGGACGAGGCCAGAGCUACAAGUUACUUUGAGUUUCUAUCUUUAAUUCUACAGAACCUGGUAUCAAAAGAAGUGAUGGAACUGUACGAGGUGAAAUUACGAGACUGGCAUUUACAGAAAGAUCCUAACUUUAGAUGGUGUGCUCAUUGUGCCAGUGGAUUUAUUUGGGAUCGUCCAGAUGUUCUCGGCAUGGCGUGUCCAUCUUGUCACCAGAAAACAUGUUUCAUGUGUAAAAUUAAGUGGGAGGAUCAACACGAGGGUUUGACAUGCGAGGAGUAUGAACAGUGGAAGAUUGAUAAUGAUCCUGAGAAACAGGCAAAGGGUGUGAAACUUUACCUGGAAGAAAAUGGUAUAGAUUGUCCUAGUUGUAAGAUGAGAUAUAGCUUAGCUAAGGGAGGAUGUAUGCAUUUCAAAUGUCCACAGUGUGGGUACGAGUUCUGUAGUGGAUGCUCACAGGCAUUCUUACAUCAAGAGGCCUGUAAGUUGCUGAAGUCGUGUAAAGAUAAAGGUUUACACUGUCAUCAUCCCCGGGACUGUUUCUACUAUCUGAGAGAUUCUGAUACUGCUGACCUACAGAAAUUACUCAAGGAUAAUAAAGUGAGGGUCAAUACUGAAGUGCCUCCUACACAGGAGGACAGGGAACACUGUCCAGUGAUGGAACAGAAAGAAUACGGUCCGCAGAAGAAAGAUGAGCCCUGUGGCAAGGACACAAAGAAAGGAAUGGCUGGUCUCUGCGAGGACCACUAUAAAGAGUACCUUGUGGGGCUGAUCAACAAAAACAAGUUAGAUCCACUGGCAAUGAUGACUCUCCCGCAAAUGAAGAUACUUAUAGAACGAAAUGAGAAGGAGAUGCCCAAACCUAAACAGAAUGAGGGUGAAGGGGCGUAUAAAAGAAGAGUUUAUCAGUUUAUCAAAGAAAAAUGGCAACUUCACAGAUGAAGAUUUAUUAUCAGACUUUGAAGUCUCUAAAUUGCUUUGUUUAUAUUAAAUAUAUUAUUUACAAUAUUGCUCAACAGACUGCAUUUCUAAAAAAAACAUUGAGUUUGAAUACUGAUUGAAAGGAAACUAUCUGAACUUGUGGCAUAGUGUUAAAGAUUAAAUAAUUUAGGUCAGCACAAUAAUGUUCUUACUAUCUGCAUGUUUGAAGACUUUAUGCUUGUCAUUUGUUUAAUGCCUCUUUUGCUCACCUGUCACAAAGUGACAAGGUGAGCUUUUGUGAUCGUGCAGCGUCCGUCGUCUGUCCGUCCGUCCGUGCGUAAACUUUUGCUUGUGACCACUCUAGAGGUCACAUUUUUCAUGGGGUCUUUAUGAAAAUUGGUCAGAAUGACUUUGAUAAUAUCUAGGUCAAGUUCGAAACUGGGUCACGUGCAGUCAAAAACUAGGUCAGUAGAUCUAAAAAAAGAAAAACCUUGUGACCUCUCUAGAGGCCAUAUAUUUCACAAGAUCUUCAUGAAAAUUGGUCAGAAUGUUCACCUUGAUGAUAUCUAGGUCAAGUUCGAAACUGGGUUACGUGCCACCAAAAACUAGGUCAGUAGGUCAAAUAAUAGAAAAACCUUGUGACCACUCUAGAGGUCACAUUUUUCAUGGGGUCUUUAUGAAAAUUGGUCAGAAUGUUCAUCUUGAUGAUUUCUAGGUCAAGUUCGAAACUGGGUCACGUGCGGUCAAAAACUAGGUCAGUAGGUCUAAAAAUAGAAAAACCUUGUGACCUCUCUAGAGGCCAUAUAUUUCACAAGAUCUUCAUGAAAAUUGGUCAGAAUGUUCACCUUGAUGAUAUCUAGGUCAAGUUUGAAACUGGGUUACGUGCCGUCAAAAACUAGGUCAGUAGGUCAAAUAAUAGAAAAACCUUGUGACCACUUUAGAGGUCACAUUUUUCAUGGGGUCUUUAUGAAAAUUGGUCAGAAUGUUUACCUUGAUGAUAUCUAGGUCAAGUUCGAAACUGAGUCACGUGCCAUCAAAAACUAGGUCAGUAGGUCAAAUAAUAGAAAAACCUUGUGACCUCUCUAAAGGCCAUAUUUUUCAUGGGAUCUGUAUGAAAGUUGGUCUGAAUGUUCAUCUUGAUGAUAUCUAGGUCAAGGUCGAAACUGGGUCACGUGCGGUCAAAAACUAGGUCAGUAGGUCUAAAAAUAGAAAAACCUUGUGACCUCUUUAGAGGCCAUACUUUUGAAUGGAUCUUCAUAAAAUUUGGUCAGAAUGUUCAUCAUGAUGAUAUCUAGGUCAAGUUCGAAACUGGGUCACGUGCCCUUAAAAAGUAGGUCAGUAGGUCAAAUAAUGAAAAAACCUUAUGACCUCUCUAGAGGCCAUAUUUUUCAUGGGAUGUGUAUGAAAGUUGGUCUGACUGUUCAUCUUGAUCAUAUAUAGGUCAGGUUUGAAACUGGGUCAACUGCAGUCAAAAACUAGGUCAGUAGGUCUAAAAUUAGAAAAAUCUUUUGACCUCUCUAGAGGCUUUAUUUUUCAAUAGAUCUUCAUGAAAAUUAGUCUGAAUGUUCACCUUGAUAGUAUCUAGGUCAGUUUCGAAACUGGGUCACAUGCGGUCAAAAACUAGGCCAGUAGGUUUAAAAAUAGAAAAACCUUGUGACCUCUCUAGAGGCCAUAUUUUUCAUGAAAAUUAGUGAGAAUGUUCACCUUGAUGAUAUCUAGGUCAAGUUCAAAACUGGGCCACGUACCUUUGAAAACUAGGUCAAAUAAUAGAAAAACCUUGUGACCUCUCUAGAGGCCAUAUUUUUCAAUGGAUCUUCAUGAAAAUUGGUCAGAAUUUUUAUCUUGAUGAUAUCUAGAUCAGAUUCAAAACUGGGUCACAUGAGCUCAAAAACUAGGUCACUAUGUCAAAUAAUAGAAAAAACGACGUCAUACUCAAAACUGGGUCAUGUGGGAACAGGUGAGCGAUUCAGGACCAUCAUGGUCCUCUUGUUAGUAAAUAACAGAAAGAAAUAUGCCUCAAUGAUUCAAAUGAUGUUCAUACCUAAUGCAAAUGUAAUUCAUUCCUAAUGCAGCUGUAAUUCAUAAUCAUUCAGAUCUAAUUUAUACACAUGAUUGUAAAUGUAAUUCAUACCCAAUGCAACUGUAAUUCAUACCUAAUGCAGUUGUAAUUUGUAACCAUUCAGAUGUAAUUUAUACCCAUGGCAAAUGUAAUUCAUACCCAAUGCAGUUGUAAUUUGUAACCAUUCAGAUGUAAUUUAUACCUAUUGCAAAUGUAAUUCAUAUCCAAUGCAAAUGUAGUUGAUACCCAAUGCAAAUGUUAUUCAUAACCAAUGCAAAUGUAAUUCAUACUCGAUCCAUAUGUAAUUCAUGCUCAAAAUAAAAUAGUUAAAAUUUCUAUAUUUCAGCCAAAGCUAAAAAUAUAUUUCACUGAGCGAAUGCCAAAUUCAGUACUUUAAGUAGUAGAAAUGGAAUUUUUGGUGUUAACAAGUAAAAGAUAUUUUUUCCAGCCUAUAAAACAAACUAAUUAUCCAUUUAAUUCUGAUAAAUGAUUUAACAAAAUUUUAGGUAUUGUAAUUGGCCAAAGUUAGAUGCAACAUCAUAACAUUAUAAUGGUCAUGUUAGAAAUGUCAAAUAAUUCUUUCCUUGAGAUUUAUAGUUUUGUAUUACGCUUCAAAAUAAAAGUGUGUAUACCUUUAUGUUCUUGUAAAAAAUAAUAUUCACCUUUUUCUUUAUUGAUAUAUAAUAUUAUCUUAAUAAGAAUUUCUGUUAUUAUUUAUGCAACUUGUACUUGAUAGUUUCACUUUGGAAUCAACUUUGUUUUUUCAAUAAUCCAAUCAAAAACAUUUAAUAAAAUACUCUAUGUAUAUGUUGUUCAAAAGUUCCAAUCAUUCUUUCAUUUUUAUAUUAUUAUCUCCCUUGCAGUGCGAAUUAAUAGAUGUUUUAUCAAUAGUCGGAAAGCACAUUAUCAACACAUACCUGAAGCUUUAGUUGUUUCUCUAUUGUGAUCACACGUUUAGAAAUCCUUAUAUUUUUUUUAAUCCAUUUAAAAGACUUUCACAAUAUACAAAUUGGUCAGGUAAUUAAAAGACUUGGUAAAGAAGUUCAGUUUCUGGGCAUUUUACUUUAUAUUGAUUAGUCCAUAUAUUGUAGUCAAGGUAAAGUUUGUUUUUUUUCAUUCUUGGAUGCAGACAAUCUGUUAACAGAAACCAGUUAACUCUUAAGUAGCCCUCCUGCUUAGCUCAUUAGGAAGAGGAUAAGUCUACGGAUCUCAGGGUUGCGAGUUUGGCAUAUGUUCUCCGCGACGAUGUGAUAAAAGACGUGUCUUGAAAUCAUUCGUCUUCCACCUCUUAUUUAUAGUUAUAAUUCAUGUUGGAAAGUUGGCAGUUACUUGAGGAGAACAGGUUUGUACUGGUACAGAAUCCAGGAACACUGGCUAGGUUAACUGCUGGCCGUUGCAUGAUUGAAAUGCUGUUGAAAAACGGCAUUAAACCCAAAACAAGCAAACAAAGGAUAGCUCUAAAUAUUCAAACAUUUGCAGUGUAAAGAAAACAUGUUUACCCAUCAUACAGGUGUACAUGUUUCAGUUAUGGUCUUUUUACAUAGACUUGGCAGUUAGAAAUUGCUGUUGUAAUGAUAGACAUUUGUUACAAAUUUAAACAUUCUACUGAGCUUUGAUAUUUUGUGAUCAAUUGAAUACAUAAUGGUGCUUUACAAAUAAACUGUUUAAACAUU